AUGUAUGUGGGUAUGUGCUGGGGCGUGAGCAAGUCAAAAACCAUGAUCUCAUCAAAGAUGUUUAAAGUCUCCCAAGAAAGACGUUACGAUGACGUUGUUCGUGUCUUCAGACACCUGAAGACGUUACGAUGUGCCACGGGCCGGUUUAAGUUCACAGGCAACAAAUGCACCGAUGCUGCGGGCAAGGUGCUGGACCGCUGGUCCAUUAUGUCUCGGGAAGAGGAGAUCAUCACCCUGCAGCAGUUCCUUCGUUUCGGAGAGACCAAGUCCAUCGUGGAGCUGAUGGCCAUCCAGGAGAAGGAGGGUCAGGCGGUCACCGUGCCCUCCUCCAAGACCGACUCAGGCAUCCGGACGUUCAUCGAGAGCAACAGCACUGGACGCGGUCGAAGCCCAGGCCUCCUCAACCACAUGGAGACCAGCAGCCCGUCCAGCAUCCACCACUUUGAGAACAUCCCUAACAGUCUUGCCUUCCUGCUGCCGUUCCAGUACAUCAACCCUGUGUCGGCCCCCAUGCUGGGACUGCCCCCCAAUGGCCUGGCGCUGGAGCAGUCGGGCCUCCGGGGCCUCCACGACCGGGAUCGCGAGGCCAGCCUACCCAACCAGGGCGAGACGGUGGAGAGCAGCGAGUCCGAAGUAUCCCUCAGCCCUUUCCGCAGCAGCGGUCAGAGCCCCAGCCGCAUCGGAGCCCUGGGGGGCAUGAACAACGCCAUCGAGCCCAAACAGGAGCCCAACAACCGGGCAUCACCCAUCUCGCCCACUCCUUCCAACCAUCCGUCCCAGCAGCAGACGGAACAGCAGCAGCAAGGCCAGCAGCAGCAAGGCCAGGGGCAACCCGGGACCCCACGGCCUAGGUCCAACUCCCUUAACGACCACCAGGCCCACCACCACUUUGUGAAGAGCGAGCAGUCCAAGAGCAUUACCCACUCAUCCUUCUCCUCCAAGAUGCACCGCAUGCGCCGCAUGGGAGCCACCUCACGCAAGGGCCGUGUGUGCUGCAACUCGUGCGGCAAGACCUUCUACGACAAAGGUACGCUGAAGAUCCACUACAACGCCGUACACCUCAAGAUCAAGCACCGCUGCACCAUCGAGGGCUGCAACAUGGUGUUCAGCUCGCUGCGCAGCCGCAACCGCCACAGCGCCAACCCCAAUCCACGCCUGCACAUGCCCAUGCUGAGGAACAACCGCGACAAGGACCUCAUCCGUGGGUCGGGCCCCGGCACGCCCGUCAUCUCCAGCGCCAAGAGCGGCUUCACCCUCACCAGUCCCGGACGGCCGCCUCUGGGUUUCGCCACCCCGCCCCUGGACACCAUGCUCCAGUCACCCCUGCAGAGCCCACUGGUCUUCCCCUCCCUGAAGUCGGUGCAGCCCAUCCAGCCGGUGCCCCCAUUCUACCGUACGCUGCUGUCCCCACAGCACCUGGUCAGUCCUCCAGUGUCACUGCCCACCAGCCCCAUCCUGCCCUCCACCACCAACAACACCUCUCUGAUGGACCAGCAGCAUCAGCUCCUGGCUGCCACCGCAGCCGCAGCCUCCCACAACGCCCACAAUAUGUCUUCUGAAGGUGGGCUAAUGUCCCACCACAGGCUGCCCACCCCCAGUAUCCCCCAGCAGGAUCCAGCUGCUGCCACCAACACGGACCCCACCCCCAAGAAGAAGCCCCGUAAGUCCAGCAUGCCGGUGAAGAUCGAGAAGGAGGUGAUUGACGUGGCGGACGAAGGAGGGAACAACAACGGCCACCACAGCGGCGGAAGCGGGCACCAGUCCCCCUCCCAGGAUGAGAUGAGCCCAGGCCUGAUGAGGGGACACCUGAUGAGGCACAACCAGGAUGACUGCCGGGGAGAGGGACCCGGAGGCGAGGGCGGCAGGGGCGAGAGAGGAGGCCCAGGCGGUGAGCUCCGCUGCAUGGACAGCUUCACCUCCGAGGACCAGGACCACGAGAGAGACUUUGAGAACGAUUCUGAGACUUCGGACUCCAAGAUGUUCUACCGCGAGGAGAUGAUGGAGGUGGAGGAGCAGCACCAGAGGCUGAGGCUCAACUCCUCCAGGAGCUCCAGAGUAGGAGGAGGCAACAACCUGGAAAAGGACCAGGAGGACCUGGAGGCCAGAGAUGAGGAGGCGCAGCUGAGGAAGGAGAUGGAAGACCCCAAGAGCCGCUCCUCACCCUCACCCCACCAGCCCGCCAUCAAGAUUAAGGAGGAGCUCAACGACCCCACCUACGACAUGUUCUGCAUGAGCCAGUACGGCCUCUACAACGGGGGCAUGGCGGCUGCUGCAGCCGCCGCCGCCAGCAUGGCUGCCCUUCACGAGAGCUUCAUCUCCUCCAUGAGCUACGGCGCCAGCCCGCCCAAGUUCCCCUCCUCGCACUCCCCCGAGGGAGAACUGUGCACCAGCCCCAACUCCAAUGACCCCAAGAUCUGCUACGUGUGCAAGAAGAGCUUCAAGAGCUCCUACAGUGUCAAACUGCACUACAAGAACGUGCAUCUCAAAGAGAUGCACGUGUGCACCGUGUCCGGCUGCAACGCCGCCUUCCCCUCCCGACGGAGCAGAGACAGGCACAGCUCCAACAUCAACCUGCAUCGCAAACUUCUUACCAAAGAGCUGGACGACAUUGUCCUGGACCCCCAACUCACGCCGCUGCCCAAGGACCUGCGCGCCGAGUUCCUGGCUAAGAUCUACGCCGGGCACCACUUGGGCCUGGACGCCAUGGCAGGGGCGGGCAUUGGCGGCGCCAGCCUGGGGGGAGGAGGGCUGAACCGUGACGCCAGCUCCCCGUGGCCCCCAGACGACUACAUGGUGCUGGACCUGAGCACCGCGUCCAGCGUUCAGUCCAGCGGGUCAGUCCAUUCAUCACGCCAGUCGGACGAGGGCAGCGACGAGGGCAUCCUAUUGGAUGACCUGGAGGAGGAGGGGUCAGCGGAGGGGAGGACUGCUCCCAGCAUGCCCCGGGGCAGGCAGAGGCCGGGAGGCGGCGGGACCAGUGGUGGGAUCCUGUGCAGCAUCUGCCACAAAGUGUACAGCAACAAAGGGACCCUACGCGUGCACUACAAGACUGUGCACCUGCGCGAGAUGCACAAGUGCAAAGUGGCCGGCUGCAACAUGAUGUUCUCCUCGGUGCGCAGCCGCAACCGCCACUCUCAGAACCCCAACCUCCACAAAAACAACGUGCCCUUCACCACCAUGGUAGACUAG